AUGGACGUGGGAAGACCCCAGAUCCCGAUAGUGAAGAUAAAAGAUGGUUACUCCAAAGUUGAUCCAAGCUUAUACGAGUAUCCAACCCUUAAAAGCCUCGCGCGGGAUAUUUUUUCAAUCCCGACGACUGGCGCUGGUGUUAAACGUCUCUUUAACUCUGCCUGUGACAUCUGCCACUAUCAUCGAGGGUCACUAUGCGUGACAACAAUCCAGGAACUCAUAUUAUACAAAUUCACAACAAAGAGGAAUAUCUCUCACAUCAAGAGAUUGAAGCGAUUCAGGAAGGAUACAGGUCUUCUUAAGGACACUCUUGACCCUAUCAGUAACGAUGAAGAAGAUGAAACAAUAGGCUCUCAAGACCAAGAUUUCACUCAGACUGCCACGGAGCGUGUUGGAGAAAAGCGGCGGCUGAUUUGA